GCAAAAAUGAAAAACAUGGGAAUUUGCUGGAAAUGUGUGUUUGUGUUUGUGAUUUUCAUGACUGUAUUUAGUGCAUGUGAGCCUGAAUUGACACUGGAUUACUAUGUAAAAACUUGCCCGGCUGUGCUUGACAUUGUGAGAAAAGAGAUGGAAUGUGCUGUGUUAUCUGACCCUCGCAAUGCAGCCUUGGUUGUUCGAUUGCAUUUCCAUGACUGUUUUGUUCAGGGUUGUGAUGGUUCAAUUUUGCUUGAUGACACGUACACACUGCGAGGAGAAAAGAAAGCUUCUACCAAUAUUCACUCUUUAAAAGGUUUCAGCAUUAUAGAUCGCAUCAAGAACAAGCUUGAAUAUGAGUGUCCUGGUAUUGUCUCUUGUGCAGAUAUCCUUACAAUUGCUGCUAGAGAUGCUGUCAUUCUGGUUGGCGGACCAUAUUGGGAUGUUCCAUUGGGGAGGAAGGAUUCUACAACAGCAAGCUAUGAUCUGGCUAACUCUAAUCUUCCUACUUCCGAUCAGCCUCUUCUCACCAUCAUUUCCAAGUUCCUUUAUCAAGGCCUUUCUGUAACUGACAUGGUUGCUCUUUCCGGUGCCCACACAAUUGGCAUGGCUAGAUGUGAGAAUUUCCGGGCAAGGAUUUACGGAGACUUUGAGUCCACAUCCGACAAACUAAAUCCGAACUCUCAAACAUAUGCAAGUAACCUGAGAUCUAUUUGCCCGACUGCUGGUGGCGGAGACAACAACAUAACAGCAAUGGAUUACGUGACUCCGAAUCUUUUUGAUAACUCAUUUUACCAAAUUUUGUUGAGAGGAGAAGGGCUGCUGAACUCAGACCAGGCCAUGUACUCGAGCCUCUUGGCAAUGGAAACCAAGAGUCUUGUCACUAAAUACGCACACGAUUCAAUAGCUUUCUUUCAGCAAUUCUCGGAGUCAAUGGUUAAAAUGGGAAACAUCACUAAUCAAGACACAGGACAAGUUAGGAGAAACUGCAGAUUCAUCAACGCAUGAAAUCUACUAAAUACUAAGUUGAUUAAAACAAACGGGAAUAAUUAUUUAAUAGAUUAAAAACAACAAAUUGUCAAAUAUUUGUUUGUAUCAACAACUGAAAAUGAAAUGCAGGGUUCAAGAUUU